GUACUGUGCGUCUUUUAUGGCAUCACUUGUAAGUUCAGCGGUUGUUUACAGGCUUGUGAGGUUGUAAGGCUGACAGCUGGGCAACUGAUUGGACCGUUAUGCCACUUUUCCUAUGUGGGUGUGUCGAAGGACCAGUGUGCACUUUGACCCAGAGGAUAUCCUGUGCCUUCUCAGCAGUUGGAGUGUGAACGCACUAAAGCCUACAUAAGACAAAAGAGCUUUGCAGCUUUAUGCACUUUUAUCGAGAUAAAAGGAGAUUUAAGAUUUCUACAAAGCAGAUAAAAGACAGACUGGAAACAUUAACUUACAAUCUUGACAAUGAUGCAAGAGGUCCAAGAAGUGACACCUCCUCUGAGUGUCCAUGGUCAUAACAUCAAGGUAACGGAGGCGCUGAAAGACGGGGACACACUUACCUUUCUGAUUGUUUCUCAAAAGCUGUCUGGGACAGGGGAGUACCAUGUGGUCCGGACCUAUGAGGAUUUUGAAUGGCUGCAGCAGCACCUGUUUUCUGAGGAGGACGUGCCUGGGUUACAGGGAGUCAUAUUUCCUCCUGUUCCGGCAAAGGCUCAGGUGAAUGCAUCUGCCAAGGUCAUGAAACAGCUUGGUUUCCUUGGCUUGGGAGAGUGGCAGCCGUACUGUAAAGCAUUGGAGACUUUCCUCCGGCAGGUUGCUUCACACAGCAUCCUCAACAAAAUUAAAGCUGUGGAGAUCUUCCUCACUAGCACAGAUCCUCCAGGCAGACAAAGAGUAAGGAAAAACAUUUUCAACCGGCUGAGUCAAGCUGUGGAAGGGAUGAGGAAAGAAGGCCAUAAGGAUGUGGAUGAGUUCUUCCAAACUGAACGUGACCAGAACCUCAUCCUAACUGGCUACACAAAGAGCGCAGCCGAGAGAUUCCUGGAUGUGGUGCUGACCCAGCAGAAAAUAGCAGUGGCCUGUGGGCACUUCUCAGCUGCUCUGCAUCUCUGUGUGGAAGCAGGGGAGGAUCCUGACAAACAGGAUUUUUCUAGGAUCUGUGUGAAAUUAUCUGAAGUCUUUGAAUCUAUGAAGAAAAAUAUGAUGAGUGUUGCUGAGAACAAUGUGAACACCCUUGGGCUGGGCCUAGACCUGGAGUCACGCUACCAGGAGGCAGAGAAGGAAAUGCUGUUCAGGAGAACCUGUAAGCUGGUGGAGUUAGAGACUGCCAGGAGGAACGCAGAGAAGGCCAAACCUGUGAAGAAGACUGCUAUGGAGGAGGUGAAGAAAGCGGCAGAGACGGAGUUCGAUCACAUUUGUGGUGUCGCUAAAAAGGAGAUUGUGCGGUUUGAGGGCGUCCGUGUGGAGAUGUUGCAGCAGGCUCUGGUUCAGUGGUGUGAAAAGCAGCUCCUUACAGCCAAAGAAAGUGCUGACCAGUUCAACCAGCAUCUGCAAGCCUUCAGAGGGAUGGCCUAGUGACCUCACUAGCAACUUCCUAAUGAAGCAUCCUCAGUAUGUCUAAACAUAGCAUGGGGUAACCCAAACAUGUCCUUCACCCUGUUGUGCUGUAGCCUGAUGCAUUAUUGGACUCAGUUAUAUCCAGAAUGAAUGAAGAAAUGUAAGUGAAACAGUAAGAAAACCUUCCUCAUAAUUAAAACGCAUCCUUAUAGAUUGUAUUCACACUUGUGCACACACACAUAAACAAACACCUAGUUUUCCUCAAUCUCUCCUCACUCAUACUCUUCCUAAUAAAGCCCCGGUAGAAAUGAUCGUUUGGAGAUCGUAGCAGGGGUAUGUCAUCUGCUAAGGCUAUUGUGUGUGUGUGUGUGUGUGUGUGUGUGUGUGUGUGUGUGUGUGUGAGUGUGUGAGUGUACAUGUUCUAUACUACACUCAUACAUUUGUGCUGAGAACGUAUUGUGCUGCUCUGUAGCCACUACAUCAGCCGGGGUCACACAAAAUAAAGUGUGAUGAAUUGAUUCCCAAAGUACCUGCUUGCCUUUGUGUGUGUUUCUUACUCCUGGAUCAUUAAUCAGUGGGUUUGGCUGCUCCUGCAAGGACAUGGCAACAAGGGCACUGUGCUGGCUUAUUGUUUGGCUUUUGAAACUAUCUUGGCUUUGUGAAUACCAUAAUAAUGUUAAUAAUCUGUCUAAGAAUCAUUCUAUUUUCCUUUAAGCGAGAUCUGGCAUUAAAACUAUGACACACUUAACAGAGAUUUUCUGCACAUAAGCACAAUGUCAUCCUCCCCUUCCCUGUCUUCUGAAGACUGUAGGUCCAUAUCUCAGCACCGCUGCGUGCUUCAUCUCAUCUGUUCCGGCCUGUAAUCUCUCCAUUGGGUGAAUAAGGAGGAAUGGUUCCCAUUUGAGCGAAUGAGUCAGAGAGAGAUAGAUGACUGGUCUCGUAAGAAGAGAGGAUAGAGAGGAGGUUGGGCUCAUUUGACAAUGAAGGAGUAGGUAAAUGGCAGUACAUACAUUGCCAAGAGCAUGUUUAUAAUCCGCCCAAACAGAAUGAACUGUUGAGAGGAAUUGUGUUAUAGUCGUUGGUUAGAAUGUAAAUCUACUUGCUCUUUGGAUGACUCCCCUAUUUCUCUGAUGGUUGUGUAACCUGAUAUAAUUCCUGUACCUCAUUUCUUGUGUGUACUGCUCCUCCCGAGCCUCAGAUAAGAUCCCACAAUGCUUUUUUAUUUAACGUAUUUAAUCUCUCUUUGAUCUUUUUGUAGAGGUGGUACACAUACACAGAGCAGAGGCUAUAAAGAGACUAAGGGUCUCAAGCAACGUUAGUGGCUCUGAGGCUGUAUUUAGGCACAGUGGUACUCAAAGUUAAAUGCAAAUGUCAGGCUCUUUUGAGAUAAAGUGUGUGUUUUACAAGACACCUGGCCAAAAAUGCUAACAUGCCUCUUAUAAGCAGGUAUGAUGCAUACCAUAUUAACCACCCUAUUUUAGUGUGUUAACAUGCCAAUGUUUGUGCACCUGAGGUAAAUGGAAACAUCAUUAAUUUUGAAAGUGUUUAGUCAUAAACCAAAGUAGAGCCUUUUUCUCCACACUCUAUGAACUUCUAUCCCAAACGUAUCACCUAAUUCCUUGGAAAAGCAAAAUUUGUGUUCAUAUCGAAUCACCUGCUAGUCGUCACUGAAAUUCCAGUCUGUCUGUUUACACUCCAUUUUAUGUUUUGGAGGUAGUAACAAAAAGACGUUCACUCUCCUUACAGUACACACAUUUAUUGAUCAUUAAAUCUAGCAAUUACACCAUGCAAGUUUUGUACUUCAUCUUUGUGGUUUAUUGGUUUUAAUGAGGCGCAGUAAAAGUUAAAUGUAAGAGGUUUAUGGACCAUUUUUAUGAUUCUGUGGUUUUACCUCUUCUUUUUUUAUAUUCUACCUCUAUUCAAAAGCUUCUAUGUACCUGAGAAAAACACUGUGGACACUGAGAGGUGGGGGAUGAUGAACAAAAUGCAUUAUGCUGCACUUACACUAAGAAAUACAAGUGUAAAACUCUAGGAUUCUAUAUAUUGUAUCAUUAUCCUUUCUGCUAUUAUUCAAAGCUGCGAUGUUCCUAUCCCUGCUGCUUGUCACUGCAUUAUACCAGAUCAACUUAACAACAGAGAAGCCGCAUUUCUAGUGCUUUCAUUGUGGUGCUGCAGAAGCUAACUAGCACGCAUGGUGAGUGCAUAUGGGCAAACACACACACACACACACACAUACACACACACACACACUAAUGAGAGCCCAUCUCAACUGCUGAGAGUAUGACCCAGAUCAAGGACAGGAAGAUCAUGGCAACGCUCUGUUUGCGUGUAAGUGUCUAUAUGUGUGUGUGUGUGUGUGUGUGUGUGUGUGUAUGUGCGCGCGCCCAUGCCACUGAAAACAUGCACUUAUAGCUGAUCCGCUAAAGUAGCUCAUUACUGGUGGAAAGGCAGCACUCAGCACACCGCCCUAUGGCCUGACAAGGACCGGUUUGUCAAGUGCAACGUUAAGGCAAUAGCUUGUCUGAGCAGACAGUGUGACAAGGCCUUUUGACUCAGCCAUCCCAAUGAAGCUGCACCGCACUAGUUUGAUGACUUUGACAGUAUGUCUCUUAGUCGGUCAGAUGACAAAAGAAAUGCGGAGCCAGAUUACAUCUGAUUAGCGGCUUUAAUCAGUGUUUACACAGGAGGUGUUUUAUUGUUGCUUGUUGAUUCUCUGGUGUCUUGAGUCAUAAAUCUCCACUGGGUGAUUUACAUUUCUCUGUGAGAAAUGCAUGAAUGAAUCUUGGGUAACAGAAGUCACAAUAAUUGAAGAGGGCAUGUUUUAUCUUGACAAAAAAAAAAAAGAAUAAAACAAUGCAUUACAGGAUAUUUUAUUGGAGACAGAUAAUUCAUCUUCUCCAAGAAAAGCAUCUGACUAACUAUCAAAGAGUUUAAUGCAAAAUAAAUUCAACAUAGGCUACAUGAGAUAUUACAAUUUUUGUAAUUUGAUUAAUACAGCAACUGUAUGUGAUGGCAGUAAUAAAUCAGAAAUUCUCUUUUGUCUCUCUGUGACUAGUCCCUGGAUUCCCCCCUUCAGAGAUCCACAUUUCUUUUCUCCAUCUUCACAGCCAUCUCUGAUAUCUUUGAGAAUCUGUGACUCCUGGGAAGCUGCAAGAACAAAAUUUGACUACAGAAUACUAAUAUGAAAGUUUCUCCUUUUCGCACUUUGCAAUCGAGACUUGGCAUCCCUGUCAAUUACACCAGCCUUAAAAUAAAAUAAAAAAAAGCAAAAAUAAAAAACACACUCUGAGAGCCUUAAUCCUGGAUUCACUUGGUGAACACAUGGUGCUCGUGUCAUGAGGUGCAAGGCUUGGUUGUGCUCUAUCACAAAUUAGUGAGCAUGCUGCAGCUGAGUCGAGUCAACCCAAGGUUGUUGGCACCUCAUUAAAUCUAAUCACUGCCGUACACAGAUUAUGACUCAUUAAAAGUUUGUAGGAUGGAGAAUGA